AUGAAUGGUGAUUUGGAGUGUUACUCACUUUGCUUCUGUUCCUGCACUCACCUCCAACAGUGGAGGUACAGGGAGCAGUAUGAACGAGCCAAGGACAAGUUCACCUCCAUCCUGGAGACACCAGAGUACGAGGCUCACAGACGCAGCAAGAAGAUCGGUGAUAUCAUCUACAGGAUGGAGUACAACAAGACCAAGGCCAAGGGCUACACCCUGCCUUAUGACACUCCACACCAGCUGCACAUGAAGAAGGUCAAGGAGAUCACCAGCAACCUGAAGUACAAAGAGGUUUACGAGAAGAGCAAAGCUCAGAUCAACAUGGACCCAGAGGCUCAUUCGAUCCGUGCCGCCAAGGAGGCUUAUAGGAACAUCACCAAC